GUGGCUUUGUUGGUUUUAGGUGACUGUCCUGCUGGGACUAAGAGAAAUGAUGAUGAUACGGCAUGUGAAGGCUGUCCUCUUGGGACGUUCCAGAACCUGCCGCAGCAGAAGAUGUGUCACACUUGUCCAGACAUUAAGUCCACACGCCUUGAAAACUCCACAGAUUCCUCAAACUGUGAGAUUUUCUGUGCCAGUGGGAAGGAAAAGUUAUCAAACGGAACCUGUAAGGACUGUGACAUAGGUUAUUUCAAAGACAACGAUAUUGGUAAAUUCUCCAUGUGUACACUGUGUGGAAACGGCAUGAUCACUUCCGGCACGUCGACGAAGAAGGAAAGUGAAUGUACAGUUGCCAAUUGUACUGCCGGACAGAAGCUUGAUGUCAACAUGAAUAGAUGCGUGGACUGUACCAAAGGGUAUUACCAACCUGAUAAAUGGGAGACUUCCUGUAUAGAGUGUCCGCCUCUAAAGACUACAAUGGACAAAAAGGCUACAGGUGUCGAGGAUUGUAUUUUACAAUGUCCACCGGGCUUCCAGGAUGUGGGAGGCAGUUGUACAGAGUGUCCACGAGGAUAUUUCAAGGCUGAAACAGCUGCCACAACCUGUACUAUGUGUCAGAACAACAUGAUAACCGCAGGAAAUGGUUCAACCUCUGCCAGCGCCUGUAUAGUCCCUGGGUGUCCACCAGGCUACUAUCUUAACCGAACAGUGGUUCCCAUGGGCUGCAGACAGUGUGGGUACGAUACUUACCAGGAUGAGAAAUGGCAGGAUACGUGUAAGCCAUGUUCAAAUGGCAAAGUCACCCUUGGUAUCAACGCAACCAUGCCUUCCGAUUGUGUCUUUGACUGUGCCUCUGGAUCAGAGUACAGCUCUGCUACCGUGUCCUGUAACCUCUGUACCCGUGGCUUCUACAGAAACCGAUCUGACCGCGCCCAAACUAAGUGUAAUAUGUGUCCAGCUGGGCUGAUCACUGAGACGACUGGUGCCACUUCCCAGGCUGAAUGUAACAUAUUGGGCUGUGAUGAACAUGGGACCUAUAGUGAUACUGCCACCCUUACCUGUAAGGACUGUCCCAUCGGUACCUACUCUAAUGAGAAGUGGAGAUCCUCUUGUAUUCCCUGUCAGGACGGUUAUACCACGCAGUUCACUAAAUCAAACAACUCAUUUGCUUGUCAACGAGAUUGCCCUGCCGGAACACAUUCAGUAGGCGCCGCCUGUUUAGCCUGUCCAAAGGGAAACUAUCGUAACAAGAGUGAGUCCUGGAUGUGCAGGACGUGCCCAGACGGUUUUACCACACUCACAACCGGUGCCACGAGUGCUACGGAGUGUACAGCCUCUCCCUGUACUGCUGGGUUCAAGUUUGUGGUCGGGAAUGGAGGUAGCUGUGUUAAUUGUCCUUUCAACACCUACCAACCCACUGCUGGUGCAUUCUCCUGUAUCGCCUGUCCUGAUGGCGGCUACACCAUGACAGCAGGAAGUACCAGUAUCACCCAGUGUCUAAGUCAUUGCGGGACAGGGAAGGACAAUUGCUCCACGAAUGCUAUUUGUACAGAUCAUCCCACACAACAUUACACGUGUCAAUGUAAUGCAGAUUUCGUAGGAAACGGAUUCACAUGUGUUCACGAAUGUGAUUCUGGCUAUUGUGUAAAGGGGACUUGCAGCCGUUACCCACUAUCCUGUGCAUGUCCAGAACUGUACGCAGGAACAAGAUGUGAAGUCCGUCAAGACGCAAGUAAAGAAGCCUCGAAGAAUGAUACAAUGAUCAUCGGAGUUAGCAUUGGGGCUGUAGUAUUACUGAUGAUCGUCAUCAUCGCUGCUGUCUGCUGCUGUGUCUCUGCCAGGACGGCAUCACCACCAGUGGAAAAAUAUGUGACAGUUGAAGACUACCAACUAGCGCCUUCUCGGAUGCAAGCACAUCCACUGUACUCAAAACCAGCGUUGAUGCCUCCACCCUCCGUCCAUGAGUCUUUCUACGACAACAGGUCCUUUUCUGGAGAUGCCAUCAACCCAGAAGUCACAUUGGAUUUCCAGAACGGCACAUCAGAUCCUGCCUUUUACACUGCCUGAAAUGGACUUUAUCAUUAGAAACAUGUAAGGAAAGUGUUUGUGUGUUACCAGCACAAAGUUUCGUCGUGCCCAGGCAGUGACAAAGAACACAUCAAGUAUAUGCAGCAUUGUGUGUGUGUUUUGUAAUUGCUUAAGCUGUCAUUCUCAUGAAGAAAUGUAAUUUAUGUCAAGUUUUUUUAAAAUAUAGAUCAGCUGUUACAUUAUGUAUAUGAAAAUAUGCUCUUUUUAACCCCUCUUCCCCCUAAUCCCCUGUCCGUCCAUUACAUUUCCUGACGGGUUGCAAUAUUCAAAACAAAUGAUCGUAAAAUUCGCAAAAUUUGGAUGAGGGUUGCGCUGUAGAUGGAGAAGAAAUAUUUUGAUUCCUCGCAUGGUUCGUCAAGGCCAAGUUAUGUUACUUAAACUAAAAAUAAAACUGAUAUCAAAUGCUGCCUGCUCUUGUGGCUAUCGUGUUCAAAAGGUCGAAGGUUAGGUUUUAAAUCAAUACAAAUAUUUAAUUAAAUGUGCAAUUGUAUGGAAGAAACAAUGAAAUCCUCUUUAUAUGUGGUAGAAUUAUUGCAUACUUUCAUGUAGGUAAACACAUAUGGAUCACUAUAAUGUUGUAGAAACAUGUUGCUCUCCAGUGUGAUAUGCGUUGAGAAAUGGCUAUGUUAGGUUGCAAACACUCCUUCACUGACAUUGUAAUGUCUAAUAGAACUUCACGGCCCUCCACAAGUGAUGCCUCAGUGACUUUCAUAAUGCUGUCUACAAACACAUCUCAGCCAUCGACUGACAAUGGAGUAGCAAUGGAGUAGAGUCUGUACAAUGCCAUCACUCCACAAACACAUCUGAGCCAUCGGCUGACAAUGGAGUAGCAAUGGAGUAGAGUCUGUACAAUCACAUCACUCCUCAAACACCUACAACAGAUGAAUCAAUGCACGCGAAUCCUCCAGAAGCAGCGCUGCUUCCGUCAAUCGUUUGUUCUUGUUGAGUUCGAUGGUUCAUACUGGUGUAUUUUAGAUUUAUAUAUAUACAUUAACCUUAGCCUAGAUUAACGUAAAAUAUUGCCUGAAUAAUAAAGCGAUACAUUAUUUGCAUAAUAAAGUAUGAUUAUUUCAUUGUGUCCAUUGGAAAAUAAAUAAAAAUAAUUACUAAAUAAAUGUAAUCCUGACCAUUAUUUUAAAUCAUGUUAACCAUUUUUAUAUGAUAAAAAUAUCUAAUAUGUCCAUUUUGUGCAUUUUAAGACAUGCAUGUGUGAUAUUGGUACAUCUUUGGCCUAUAUAGACAAAGGAUAAGACAUUCUUAAGAAGACGUUGAAAUAUUACGAAUGUGGUGACUGCAUCCUCCGACUAGGAAUAGAUUACUUAGUCCUGGUUAGUUUAUUAACCUGAAUUUAUUGGUCCAGAGGUGGUUUAACAAGAUGUUCGCCCUGAUCAAGGGGUUGUUAAAGAGAUAAGCUUUCGUUGUGUUGUAUAAAAAGUCUACAGCUUGUAUGAUACACCGCUACUUGAGUACGGUUAUUCGUUAAGGUAGGGGCUCGGGUUGUGUUGUGUAAAAAAGUCUACAGCUUGUAUGAUAUACCGCUACUUGAGUACGGUUAUUCGUUAAGGUAGGGGCUCGGGUUGUGUUGUGUAAAAAGUCUACAGUUUGUAUGAUACACCGCUACUUGAGUACGGUUAUUCGUUAAGGUAGAGGCUAUGAUUGUGUUGUGUAAAAAGUUUACAGCUUGUAUGAUACACCGCUACUUGAGUACGGUUAUUCGUUAAGGUAAAUGCUCUGGUUGACAUCAUUGUCUCUGCCUAUGCAAUACAGAUAACGCUGAUUAAACUUACUACCUAUGCAAACUUAUUAAUGCAUUAAACUACUGUAAAUGAAAUAUUAGCCCCAGCGAAUCCUUGCAAUCUAAUGUAUCUGAGUACAGGUAGAUCUGAUCGACGUUACAUGUAUGCUAUAUUUUUUGUUUUAUUUGUUCGUUUGUACAAUUUAUAUACUAUAACUACAGAAUGUAGAAUGAAUAUAUAUCUAUCUCUCUCUAUAUAUCUAUAGCUAUAUAUCAAUUUGAAUCUCGUAGAAUUAAUCGGGUAUCAUAAAACCAUAUAUGAGCAAAAAUGAUUAUAUACUGAACCCCCGAACGUAAAUAAUUAGCAGUAUAUUCAAGUGUUCCUUAUUAUGUUUUAUUCAGCUUUAAAUAAGUAGCUCCUGGCCUGUCUCUACCUAGAACAUCCUUAUAAAAGUGAACAAAACUAAUGUCGUAAUCUGCUUGUAGUACUAGCCCAAUGCGAGACUACGCACACAUUUAACUAAGUCGCCAACAGUUUGUAAAACGAAAACAUCAUCAAUAUUCCUACUGUAGAGAUUUGUAUAAAUAAUGAAUUGAACAAAAAUAUCAAAUGUGUGAAAAGCGAAAAGUUGUACUGACCGGAUAUAAUAUAAAUAUCUGUGGUGUUUUGUAACUUGUAUGUGACCAACUUUCACUAACCAGAUUAAGGUCAGUUAUGUAACGCACUCUAUAACGUACAGAUAUUAUAAGUCCAAGGGAGACGUAGACCUUGUGUAGCCCCUUCAGAUCGGGCAAAUAGGAGACAGGCUGUGUUGUCC